UCACCGGAAGUGACGUAUACAAGGAGCGCCGGAAGUGGCUGUUGCUUUCACUACCCGCCCAGGAAGUGGCAGCUUCAAGACUUGGGGGCUGGUUCUGACUCCGGUCCUAAGAUGGGUUGCGACGGAGGCACAAUCCCCAAAAGGCAUGAACUGGUGAAGGGGCCGAAGAAGGUUGAGAAGGUUGACAAAGACGCUGAAUUAGUGGCCCAGUGGAACUAUUGUACCCUAAGUCAGGAAAUACUGAGACGCCCAAUAGUUGCCUGUGAACUGGGCAGGCUUUAUAACAAGGAUGCUGUCAUCGAGUUCCUGCUGGACAGGUCUGCCGAGAAAGCACUGGGAAAGGCAGCGUCCCACAUCAAAAGCAUGAAGAGCGUGACGGAACUGAAGCUGUCUGAUAAUCCCGCCUGGGAAGGGGACAGAGGAAACACGAAAGGCGAUAAGCACGACGACCUCCAGCGGGCUCGCUUCAUCUGCCCGGUCGUGGGUUUGGAGAUGAAUGGGCGGCACAGGUUCUGCUUCCUGCGGGGCUGCGGCUGUGUGUUUUCUGAACGCGCCUUGAAGGAGAUCAAAGCGGAAGUUUGUCACACGUGCGGCGCCACCUUCCAAGAGGAGGACAUCGUCGUGCUAAAUGGCACCAAGGAGGACGUGGAGGUGCUGAGGAAGCGGAUGGAUGAGAGGCGGCUGAGGGCCAAGCAAGAGAAGAAAACAAAGAAGCCCAAGGCGGCUGAGGCACUUUCGAAAGUGGAUGGCAGUGAAGACCUGCCGGGGCCGUCCAGGGUCAAGAGCGGCAAGGCCGAGGACGCAGGGCUGGAGCCCCGAGAGAAGAAAGGCGCCCCGGCUCCCCGCGGUGCAGCUUUGUGUUUCCCAGCAGCAGCAGCCAGCGGCACUUCUUCCGGGAAGGCGGGGAAGGCCCCGGGCGGGCCCCUGAAGAGGUCCAUCGCGGACAGCGAGGAGUCCGAAACCUACAAGUCGCUGUUCACCACGCACAGCUCUGCCAAGCGCUCCAAAGAAGAGUCAGCGCACUGGGUCACCCACACGUCCUACUGCUUCUGAGCCUCCCGCUGUUAUAAAGUCCUCCUGCCUGGCUCCGCGCCCCUGUGAUCACUCGGGGGGAGCUGUUGGGGGGGGGCAGCUUGUGGCCACGGGGCAGGCCGUGCUUUCUGCUCAAGGUGAGGAAAGACCCUAGGCCGAGCCUUCAGGCUAAAGUCAGGUGGACUUGCUGCCAGCAGUCAUCUCAGGAGGCCAGAGAAGCAACCUUAGAGAGGAGCUUCGGACAGCAGCCCCUGGGGGACGUCUGGCUGCCCAGCCCUGGGAGCAGCUAGGGCUGCUGUCCACGCCUGGGGGAGGGUCUGCUCCUAUUCUGGAUGUAGAGAGUAGCUAAGCACCCGAUAAUGUGAUGCAAAAUAAAGCCGGCUGUCUUUUCCUUCA